UCGGUACCCGCCUUACGGAUCUGUCUUCUUUGAAGCAGACUGCCUGUGAGCUCCGGCAGCAGUGAAAAGCAGUUCCGGCAAAAGUUAGGACUGCCCUGUCCUAGGACGGCUUCUGAGUGAGAAGUCCCCGGUCUCCUCCUGAUUCCGAGUGGAGUACUCUGCAUUGCGCACCAGAUUAAAUACCUAGACUAGUCUUUCAGGUCUCCGAGCCUCUCUGAAGGAGAUCCAUGAACAAGUGAAACAAGCCUGGAGAUCCACCCCUCCCUCUGAGGAUUCGCCUAUCCCAUUAGGAACCUGGAUCUUGGUUCGUGAUACCCGCAGGAAACACUGGCACCAACCCAGGUGGCGAGGACCGUUUCAAGUUCUUCUGUCAACCCCUCACGCUGUGAAAGUUGAAGGAUUACCUGCCUGGAUCCACGCAUCUCAUUGUAAAAGAUGGCACCAUUCCUCUGUCUUUUGAUCCGUUUCCUUUUCGUUCUAUCUAUCCCUGUUCCCCCCAGAGAACCACAAGGAUUCCGAGUUCCUCAGGGUACCACUCAUUCUUUUACCCUGGACUUUUGUUCUGUUGCGUCCUGUACUGGUUCUCCACAUGAUUGGACUUCCUCACAAAAAUACGUUUGUGUCCCAGAAUGUAGCUCAUGGAGCGAUGUGUUCGCUAACACCGGAAACCAGGACUGGGGGUAUAACCCUACACAAGCUACGCAACAUGGGUUAAAGACUCGUUUUUCAAUUAUAAAAGGACACCCGCAUGCUGAAGCCUGUACAGGCAAUCAUCCUAUUUUUUGUAAUCUUUUAGUGGUUACUAUUAAGAAUGCUUCUUUACAUGAUUCCGGCAUCUACAUUCUUGGUGCCUAUGUCUCUGGUAUAGAUUUGUUGGGAAAGUUCAGGAUUGAGGUGUAUUCCACUUCCCCUACCUCUUCAUCUUCAUCUUCCUCUUCAUCUUCCUCUUCAUCUUCCUCUUCAUCUUCCUCUUCUUCUUUUAAUGCUUCUUCUUCUUCCAAUACUACUUCUCCAUUCUCCUCUCUGUCCGUUCUUUCCAUAGAAUCCACCUUCGAGGUUGAAACUGGGUACGGUGAUCGGAACCGUUGGCUGCAAUGGAUCCUGUAUUCAGCUCGUCAGCUCAAUCAAUCCGAUUGCUAUGUAUGUGCCACUGCUCGUCCCCAUCUCGCAACCACCCCCUUCCCUUUGUCCCAUAACUCCUCCAACUCUCUUCCUUGUUUACUUUCCCUUUUUAAUACUCCUUCCAUUUCCCCGAAUUCUUCCUGCUCCCCUCUUUUCUCUCUUUUCCCCCCUUCUCCAAGAAUGACUCCUCCUGCUUUUGAAUACAUUCCUGGAAAUUACACUUGCUUCUCCCAAACAAGUUCCCGUCACGUUGGUCAUCUCCUUUCCUCCUCUUGCUCUAAAAUCUACAAUUCCACUUCCUUCCUUAAUUUCUCUGUGUUCCUUAACAAUCACACCACUCCUCGUUCUGAUAUUUGGUGGAUGUGUAAGCCCACCCAACUCCGCGAUACCCUUCCUGUUAAUUGGUCAGGUACUUGUGCCCCGGUCCAACUUAUUAUGCCAUUCCGUAUUCUUCCUUCUCCCACUCCCUUCUCUUCCCCCUCUUUAACUUCUUCUAUCUUUCUUCGUCGCCGUCCCCGCUCCAGCCCUCAAUCUAAGGACUCCUACACUGGCCCUCACUCUGAGGACUCUUACACUCUUCAUGGCCCUGGUGUUUACAUAGAUUCCAUAGGAGUCCCCAGAGGGGUUCCAAAUCAAUACAAAGCUCGUGAUCAGGUUGCCGCUGGUUUUGAAUCCAUUAUUUUCUGGUGGUCAACAGUUAAUAAAAAUGUUGACUGGAUUAAUUAUUUAUACUAUAACCAGCAGCGAUUCUUAAAUUUUACUAAAGAUGCCAUUAGAGGUAUCCACGAACAAUUGGAUAAAACUUCUUUGAUAACAUGGCAAAAUAGAUUAGCUCUUGAUAUGCUCCUAGCUGAGAAAGGGGGUGUCUGUGCAAUGUUUGGUGACACUUGCUGCACUUACAUUCCUAACAAUACUGCCCCUGAUGGUUCAAUUACUCGUGCUUUAGCUGGCCUCACCUCUCUCUCUAAUGAGUUAACCACAAACUCUGGCCUAGACUCUCCUUGGGAUUCUUGGUUCACCUCUAUGUUCGGCUCCUGGGGGCAAUGGUUCAAAUCUAUUUUUGUCUCCCUUGCUGUUGGAGUUCUUCUGCUCCUUCUUGCCUCUUGCUGCUUACUUCCUCUUGUCCGCUGUCUCAUUGCUCGUGUGUUCCGUUCUACUUUAUCUAAAGCUUACCUCCUACGUCAAGAACAAGUUUUUCUUUUGGCCCCUGAAAGUGAUUCCGAAGUUUAACCUGCCAGAUUCCUUUUUCUGCUCAAAGGGGUCGAGUGUGGAAUGAAAAAAAAAUACAGCUUGUCCCUGUGACAUGUAGCAGUUACAGCUUGUCCCUGUGACAUGUAGC